AUGAACGUAAUGAAGUGGUUCAUCGAACGAGCCCAACUGGUAAUUGUUUUCUUCGAUCCUCAAAAGCUUGACUUCAGUACUGAGUUUAAGCAAGUUUUGUUAAUAUGCAACGAGAACAAAAGCAAACUUAUGUUUGCCUUAAACAAAAUCGAUUCAGUUGACAAUGCCGACAUGAUCCGCAUGUACGGAUCAAUUAUGUACCUUCUCGGGAAAUGCGUCAACAUACCAGAACCACCAAAUAUGCGUCUGGUUUCGUUUCAAAGCAACCCGCUGAACAGGAACAGCAAUAUGCAUUCAUUUUUCAAACAAAAUGAACGCGAAAUGUUGGACAUUAUCCAAAAUUUACCAAAAAGUCACAACCGUGACAGACUUGUGCGG